GUGGUCAGCAGCUGGCGGUAAGUGACGCUGACACGGCCCCAGACGAGCUGGAGUUUGAGCUGGUGGAUGCCCCCCUCCACGGAGAGCUGAUAAAGACUGACGGCAGCACACACACUAAAAUGACCAACGGCGACAUCUUCACCUUCAGCGACAUCACCCGCAACGUUCUGCUCUACCGACACGCCGGCCUCUCCUCCCAGGACGACGCCCUCACCUUCUCGGUCAGUGACGGUAUCUCCAUGGCGACCACGGUGGUGCAGGUGGAGGUGCUGGGCGGCGCGGCCGACGGACCGCAGCGCGACCCCGUGGCCACGCUGUCGCUGGAAGUGGGCGAGAAGAGCAGCACCGUGGUCCGACGCGCACACCUGGCUUACACCGAUCACACGUCCCCGGAUGAUCAGAUUCGGAUUCAGCUGGUGUCGGUGCCGAUGUACGGCAUCCUGACCAGGAGCCAGUCCCAGCAGGAGCACCAGGAGCUGAGGGAGUACUCGUCCUUCACCAUGGAGGACGUCAACCAGCACAAGAUCAGGUACAUCACCUCGUUAGAGAGCAGUCAGCCAGUGACUGACAUCUUCCACUUUGUUGUUUAUGACGGAGACAACAAUCGCCUUGACAACCAGAUGUGCACCAUCACCAUCACCUCCACGCCCAGGCAGCCGCCGGUGGUGACCGUCCGCAGCGGCAUCAAGGUCCAGGAAGGCGGUCGUGUGCAGCUGUCCACCAAUCACAUCAUCGUGUCGGACCUGGACACGCCCAGGAAGGACCUGCUGGUUUGGCUCGUCAGUCCUCCGAAAUAUGGCUUCAUUGAAAACACCAAGAUCGGAGGCUCAGUCGGCGGCUCGCGGGUCGUCACGCCUGAUGAACCUUUUUCUGUGGAGGACCUGACGUCCGACCACAUCUUCUACAUCCAGGACAGCCAGCGCAAAGCUCAGGCCGAGCAGGACGUCUUCAGCUUCUACAUCAGCGACGGACACAGCCAGACCGAGGCCGUCAACGUGGAGAUCGACAUCCAGCAGAGCAAAGAGAACAGAGAGCCGGUGGUGUCCGUCAGCAGCAUCCACGUGGAGGAGAACUCAGGAGUCGUCAUCACCAACUCGUCCAUCAGCGUCCACGACCAGGACACACCGGAGAACGAGAUCCUGUUCACCAUCAUCAGGAUUCCUUCCUAUGGGAAAGUCCGCAGACGUCAGUUCUACUCACAGCCACUGGAGAACGGCCGUGUCCUCACGCAGGGCUCCACCUUUACCUACCAGGACGUCCUGGACCAGCUGCUGGUUUACACGCCUGAGAUCGUCAGCGGGGGCGCCGACGAAAUGGCCUUCACCCUCACAGACGGCAUCUACACACACACAGGUCGGCUGGAGUUCACCAUGGACGUCAGGAGGAGCGAAGGGCCCAGGAUGACUGUCAACAGAGGCCUGCAGCUGCCAGCCGGAUCUUCGUCUAAGAUCAGCGAGCAGAACCUGAAGGGUACGGACAUCGACUCGGACAGCCUGAAGCUGCGCUACGUCCUCACCAAAGAUCCACCGGCCGGCAAACUGCAGCUCAGCAAGAGCGGACGUGUGGAGAAGGUUUCUGUCAAAGGUCCCGUGCAGAGCUUCACGCAGGAGGACGUCAACAAAGGCCUGCUGCAGUACAGCCAUGAGAAAGGGGAGAAGGGCGGCAGCCAGUUUUUCAAGUUCAACCUGGUGGAUCCAGAGGGCAACAAACUGAUCGACCAGUCCUUCUUCAUCAGCGUGCUCGAGGACCGUCUUCCUCCGUCUGUGGUGGUGAACAAAGGUCUGGUGCUGGAUGAAAACACCAUGAAGAAGCUGACCACGCUGCAGCUGUCGGCCAGCGACCAGGACAGCGAGCCGGCCGAGCUCAUCUACCGCAUCACCAAGCAGACGGGCCUGGGUCACCUGGAGCACGUCACCAACCCAGGCACCAGGAUCAGCACGUUCACUCAGGCCGACCUGGCUUCGCGCAGCAUCCAGUACGUCCACACCAGCGAAGAAGAGAAGCACGCCGACCAGUUCUCCUUCACCGUGUCCGAUGGGACUAACGAGGUGGCUCAGACCUUCUACAUCACCAUCAAGCCAGUGGACGACUCCCUGCCUCUGCUCCAAGUCCCCGGCAUGAGGGUGCAGGAGGGCGUGAGGAAGACCAUCACUGAGUUUGAGCUGAAGGCCACAGAUGCAGACACGGAGGCGGAGUCCAUCGUCUUCACUGUGGUCCAGGCUCCUCGCCACGGCACCGUCGAGCGCACGAACAACGGCCAGCACUACCGCCAGACCAGCACCUUCACCAUGGACGACGUCUACCAGAACCGCAUCAGCUACAACCACGACGGCUCCAACUCGCUGAAGGACCGAUUCACCUUCACCGUGGCCGACGGCACCAACCUGCUCUUCAUGGUGGAGGAGGGCGGCAAAGAGAUCGUGACGGCUGCUCCCCAGAAGUUCAAGAUCGACAUCCUGCCAGUUGACGAUGGAACGCCACGUAUCGUCACGAACCUGGGUUUGCAGUGGCUGGAGUACAUGGACAACAAG